AUUGUGUAGAUAGUUGUUAGAAACGCGUUUUGUAAUAUAUAAGUUAUAGUAAAGGGUGCCAGAGAGUCGGACCGAGCGGAACCGGACACUAGUCUGUCUGUCUGGUUCCGGUCAGGGAUCGGGUCCAGACAGUAAACCCGAAUCAAAAUGGCGUCCGCCGGUCCACCCGACACGGGCUUAUCCGCCCCUCCAGGGUCCAGCGGAGUUCGAAAGAUGACCAUGACAGAGGGGCCGGGAUCAUCUCAGAGUAUGAAGAAGACCAUUGGUCACCGAGGAGUUGACCCCACAGGAGAAACAACUUACAAAAAGACGACCUCAUCCGCCCUCAAAGGUGCCAUCCAGCUGGGUAUCACACACACUGUGGGCAGCCUCAGUCAGAAAGCAGAGAGAGACGUUCUCAUGCAGGACUUCUAUGUAGUAGAGAGCAUCUUCUUCCCCAGUGAAGGAAGUAAUCUGACCCCAGCGCAUCACCACGGUGACUUCAGGUUUAAGACCUACGCCCCCAUCGCCUUCCGAUAUUUCAGAGAACUCUUUGGCAUUCGACCUGACGAUUAUCUGUACUCUCUCUGUAAUGAUCCUUUGAUCGAAUUGUCCAACCCUGGAGCGAGUGGAUCGAUAUUUUAUGUGACAAGCGAUGAUGAGUUUAUUAUUAAAACAGUGCAGCACAAAGAGGCAGAGUUCCUGCAGAAGCUACUGCCCGGGUACUUCAUGAAUCUGAAUCAGAACAAGAGAACACUGCUCCCGAAGUUUUACGGCUUGUAUUGCGUGCAGGCGGGUGGAAAGAACAUCCGUAUCGUUGUAAUGAAUAACCUGUUGCCCCGCAGUGUGCCUAUGCACCUCAAAUACGACUUGAAGGGCUCCACUUGCAAGCGGCGUGCCUCCCCUAAAGAGAGAGAGAAGAGGGUCCCCACUUACAAAGAUCUGGAUUUCAUCCAGGAUAUGCCCGAGGGCAUCCAGCUAGAACCAGACAACUACAACGCCCUCUCCAAAACCAUCCAGCGGGACUGCCUGCUGCUGCAGAGCUUUAAGAUUAUGGACUACAGUAUGUUGGCGGGGAUCCAUAAUGUAGAUCAGGCAUGUCGUGAGCGAGCAGGGGUAGUAGAGGGCGGGGUGUCCGAGGGGGCCGUGACACCAGACCACCGGAGGCCACAGGCUCAGAAAGCUCUCUACAGCACCGCGAUGGAGUCCAUACAGGGAGAGGCCAAAGGAAAAGGAGCCCUGGAAACAGAAGACCAAUGGGGAGGAAUCCCUGCACGCAACAGUAAAGGAGAGCGAAUACUGAUUUAUAUUGGGAUCAUCGACAUAUUACAGUCAUACAGAUUUAUUAAAAAAAUCGAGCAUUCCUGGAAGGCCUUGGUUCACGAUGGGGACACAGUCUCUGUCCAUCGGCCUGGAUUCUACGCUGAGCGAUUCCAGCGUUUCAUGUGCAACACAGUUUUUAAGAAAGCGCUAAAAUCAUCUCCCUCAAAGAAGAGUCGAAGUGGCUGUUCGAGUGUUGUGAGACGGCUUCCGAUGGGAAGCUCUGCUUCUGCUUCCGGUGGACAGACAGUCGCUGACGCCAGACUGGUGUACCAUACUCACCUUAACCAGACCGAUGCAGAAGGAGAGAGUGGCAUGCAGUCGGGCAGACCAGACCUGCUUCCACAAACUGAUCCUUUGGCUGGAAGCUCCAGUGAGUUUGCCGCAACAAAUCUGCCCAACUCCUUACCUGGCAACACAGGAAUCACAUCAUCUUCACCUCCUCAAAGGUCAGUAGGGGUGGAGGUGCACAAAUCUGCAGUCGUUGAGCCUGACAACAGCGCCCCUCACAGCACUGGAGCCGAAUGCUUAGAUGAGCAGUUAAGUAACGAAGAUGCUGUUUCUCUCAAAGACAUCAUCCCAGAAACUGACAUUUGUUUUUAAGAGCAUAGCGACGACUGAUGACACAAGAGCAGAGCAUUUGAACAAGAGAUGGACACAGAACCUCAAAAGAGAUGAGGGGUGCUUCUGAGCGCUGGUAUGAUGGGGGUUUCCUCUCAAUGGGAGCUUUGGAAAGAACUUCAGGUCCUCAGCACAAUGAAAUAUGUUUUAAAAGUGAGUGAGAGACAGAAAGAAUGAAGGAAAGCCACUGAGCGAGGAGUUUUAGUGGCUCUUUCUCUUGCACAGGAAAUGCUGCUAAAACCAAUUUUAACAACAAAAUUAUUCGAAAAGGAAUGUUAGUAUCUCAGUCACACUCUUUACUGCCUUUGUUCGCUCUUAAACAUUUAAAACAGAGCAAGCAGGAUGCACAAACUCUUUAGUUUUCUCUUCCUAACACGUUACACAGUUGGCACCACUUUAUAGUAUUGUUGGAGGCUAUGUUGCAUAAAUCUUUAUUAGCAUAGAUCUUUAUUUAUAUAGGCCUUUAAACCUUUUGAUUCUCUCUGAACUGGUGUGACUCGGACUAAUGGCUGCUAGCGCUCCGGUACACUUAUCUCAAAAGGCAUUAUGCUGUGACGGAGUGUGUGUCAGAGAUAAGCAGACAACUUAUAUUUCUCAGUGGCUUCUGUAUAUACAUAUAUGAAGGUUAAUUUUGUUAUGACUUUUUUUUUUUGAGUAAAUCUGAUGAGAGCAUCUCAUUGGUGAGUUUUCCAGCUCUUUCUGUGUUUAAGACAGCAUGCGUCCUAAGAGCAACAAAAAAAAAAAGACCAAAAAUGAUUCCCACUUUGUAAAAAGUAAAUGCAUUUGAAUGUUACAGAUAAAAUAGCUUUGUAUAUUCAAAAUAUCCCACAUCCAGGCUUAGUAUUUCAUGUUUAGUUGCUUUACGAUUGCCUUCUUUGAAGUAGAUUUAGAUUUUUCUCUCAUUUAAUUCAGAUGCUUGGUUUGCUUUUGAAGCUCUAUGCAUCUGUCUUUUGAAUUUAAUUUUUUCUUCCACUGCCCAUACUCCUCCAUACUGGACCAAUCAACUGUCAAGAUUGCUUGCAUGCCAUAUUCUCUCUUUUCAAUGCACAUAUUGCUGCCAUGCCAAGGGUCCCCUAAUAUCUGUGUGCUAUGUUUGUGUAUAUAGUUCUGUAAAUAUUCAUUCUGUGUUCCUGUACGUUUUAAAACGCUACUAAUGUGCUCCUGUGGCACAGCAGCUAACUUGCGAAUAGUCUGACUUGAAUGAUUGCUGUUCCAUGAUGUCUUCCAAUCAUCUGCCUUAAUGCAGCUACUGAGAGCAACGCGUUGAUAUAAAAACACUCAUUUCUGCUGGAUACAGAAAUUACAUGGCCUCCAAACACUUGGGCCAACAUCGAAAUGCUUAUAAAAAAUCAUUUCAGAUCUACCCAUCACAGAUGAUUUUGAUACAUAAUGCAUGUUUUGUUUCGUUUUUUACUGGCCCUUUCAUAAAAACCUAAGCAUUUUCUAUCAUUAUACAUGAUGUGGUGUUUAGACAAGACUAAAGCAAUUUGAAUUUAAGGAAUGUAAGCUGAAUUUAUAUUCUUCUAACUGUUUGUACUGUCGAUGGAUGCAAAAUCUUAAGGUCAUUCAUUGCUGAUUUCCAACUGACAGGAUGUAAAAUCCUUUAUAACCAUGCAAAUGUUCUUUAAUACAGUUGUACUUUUAGACUCGCCCUGAGAUUAAAUAAUCUAAGUGAAGAAAAAAAAAAAGAAAGAAAUGGACACUAAUGGGCUUUACUAGGGCACAUGUGAACACUUUAGUUUAUAGAGGAGCUGGAAAGAAAACCCGAAGAGCCUUCAGCUCAAUAAAAGCUCUCAAUGAAGCUGCCUUUCUUUUAUCGCUUCCAUUUGGCUCAUAACAUUUAACAGAGGAAAUGGGUUUUAAUGGAUCUAUCAUUUGACAGGCAUUACUUACAGUUUCUCUUUGGCUGUUACUCAAACAAUAGUCUGAGCUGAUGUCAGGGUUGGAUGCUUCUGUUACACACAGAUCUGAGACUGAUACCGCAGUCUUGAAGUAUUUAGAUGAAGGGCUGACUGUAGUCUUGAACAGUAUUGUGUUGUCCCAAAUAAAACAGCCGGUGAACCGCAUCAUGCAGGUUUGGGACCGAUGUGAUCUUUUGCAGAGGAUUUGCUUUUGCAGACCUGAAGAAAAUGCAGAUAGAAUAUGCAAAGGAAGUAAAUUGAUUGUCCGUCUUUCACAAGACUGUAUUGAAGAACUUUUCUAUACAGCUUCACAGUGGAUGCAGUAUUUAUGCAUAUUCAAGUCGUUUUUAAAUGUUUGUUAAAAAUCAAAUUGGUAAAAAUGUGUACCUGUGGACAGAAGUUAUAGGGUUUGAGUUAGUGGGUGUUGUGAAGUUAAUUUUGUUUUGUCUUGCUCUUUUGGUUUGAAGCAUUUCAGCGACUUUUUCCAAGUCUUUGUCGGAUGUUACACAUUAAAUCAUGUUACAGAACAUUUUGAUAAUGCACCUUAAUGCUGCACAGAACUAAAGUUUAAUCUAGAAAAAAUCUACCCCACAACAAGCUAAUAUCACUAAAAACUAGAUCUAAACUUACAGUUUGUAAUUUGAAAGUAGAUCGAGGUUUAAGGAUUUGUAUCAACGUCGGUUUUGGCACUGAUUUUAAAAUCAAAUAUGUGCAAUUUGCUAUUUUCCUGGCAUGUUUUCUUUUUUGGGUCACACUGCAGGUUUUUGACACUAUUUCUAAACUUUAAUCAUUUGUGAAUGUCGGAAAAUACCUAUAUUAACAUUUAACUCCAGAGAGCUACAGUACAGUAUGAUUAACAAUGCCCUGAUUAACAUUUUUACCUUUUAUAGUCAAUUUCUAUCCCCUCUCUGUUCAAAGUUCUUAGGUCUAUAAAGAUGUUACUUUUAUAAAACCUCGCACACAGUGUUCGUAUUCAUUUCACUUUCCAAUGUGGUGCUUUUAUCUGCUCUGUGUAAUGCCUCUUUUUAUUGGACCUUUUAGAUUGGAGGUUCUAAAAUGUAUAACUCAAACUGAUCUUUGAUCAGCUCUCAGUGGCUUCGUUUCACAGUUGGCUUGUGGGGUAGUUUUCUGGAAGCUCAGGAGUCUCUAAGCACACGGUAUAAAGUUUAUAUAGUUUUUUUUUAUUUACUCUAAAUAAUUUAGGCCUCACUCUCAUUUCUGCUUCUGUGUGGGGGGUUUAUUAUUUAUUAAUUUGUGUUUAUGGACUCAAGACACAACAAUCACUGCUUUUCUCUGACCAACACUCAGUACUGAUUAAUUUUUCUAUUAUUAUGGGUAAGAAUGAUGUUCCGCUCCUCUAAACCACACUAAAACAUCUUAACAUCUUGACUUUAACAUCCCAAAAGGGAAUCUUUUGGUCUGGAAAUAAUACAAAUGUAAUGAAUAUGAAAGUUAAAUUGUGAAUGCAAUGUGAGCAGUCAAAUAGAGACCGCUUUUUCAUAUGCUUUGUCCAGUGUUUGUAUUAAUACAGAGAAACAGAUAUUUGCACAACAGACACAUCAGUCGUGCACAGUGCACACCAGAUUAAAUGCUGGCAAAGUAGACACUAAACAGACAACCAACCUACUGCAAUAUGAACGUUUCUGCUAUGUAUUUCAGUUAUUGUAUUUAUUAAGAAAUAUCUUUCUCUCUUCUUCUUUUUUUACUUUGUGGACCUGUAUGGAUUUUGAAUUCUCUCUAUGUACCGUAGAUGACUGUAUGUAUUAUGUAAUCUGGCAGAAUGCCAUUUCUGUUAUCUAAGUAGUAUGUAUUUUAUUUCAGGUCAGAGGGAAGAUGUUGACAAUAUAAUCCAUUUUUGUAUUUUAUGUGUUUAGGGUAUGUCCAUGAUAAAUAUUCCUAUUCGUUAUAAAUCUGUGAAAGCUGUUCCUCAGCUUUUCUACAUGUGAAUGUUUGGCGGUGUCAGAAACAAUGACUGACAACCGUAAGUGCUUCGAGGUCUAUAUUUUUACCGGGCCUGUAUAAAACUUGUAUAUAAUAUGUAUAUAAGCAAGUCACGGAAAUGCCUUUUUUUUUUUUUUUUGUGCGGUGUUUGCAGCCUGUUUCUCCAACCAUCUUUCAGUGAUGUGGUGAUGUUGUUUUUUCACAUUGUCUUUCUGAUUUAAAAAGAAUAAAAUAUUUUCCAAACCA